AUUCAUCUACACUUUUUGUGUUUCCUUUUUAACAUAUUUGUUUUCUUCACUUUGUUCCUUUUCGUUGGAUAAAAUUCCCAUGAAGAACAAUUCUAAAAACAAAACCCAAAUACCAAUAUAUAACCAACUGUUGGUUUUGUAGAUGGUCUUGUAAAGUAGAAGUUUGUGGGUCUUUUUUGCUUGGUUUUGCUGAUUUUCUGUUAAUACUGCGAGGCGUUAUUCUCUCCUGUCUCACUGCGCCAGAAAGAUGAAUUGGUUUUGAUGAAUGGGUUCUGGUCUGCAUUGAUUUUGAUGGGUCAGUAAAAAGAUUGCGUCUUUGGCGGUAUAGAUAUUGUCAAUUGCAUUCUUGAUUUUAAACCCAGUAAAACCAGAGAAUGGAACAGUUCAAAUUGGCUGCAGAAUCUCAUAUUAAGGAGGAGCCUUCAUCAAAACACAAUAUGAUAGGCGACAAUUCUUUUGAGUGCCCGGGAAGUCCUCGAAAUCAAGAGAUAAUGGCUAGAUGGGAUCCAUCUGGAGCUUGCAGGCCCAUCAUUGAUGAAGCUCCUGUGUUUUAUCCGUCGGUUGAGGAGUUUAAAGAUGCACUUGGUUACAUAUCAAAGAUACGUACACAAGCAGAAUCAUUUGGUAUAUGUCGGAUUGUCCCUCCAUCUUACUGGACUCCACCUUGCCCUCUUAAGGAGGAAGAUACCUGGAGACAUGCUAAAUUUUCUACUAGAACUCAGCAGGUUGAUUUGCUUCAAAACAGGGAGCCCAUGAAAAAGAAGUGUAGAGGCCGGAAGCGAAAACGGAGGAGGAACUCAAGAAUGGGAAGCAUAAGAAGACAUGCCAACUAUGGUAGUAAAGAAAAUGUUGCCUGUGAAUCUGAUGAGAAGUUUGGAUUCCAUUCAGGAUCAGACUUCACACUUGAAGAAUUUCAGAAAUAUGCCAGUUAUUUAAAAGAGUGUUACUUUGGAAUGAAGGACACUAAGGAAGAUCCAGUGUCUCGUGGAAUAGAUCAAAAGAAAUGGGAACCCUCUGUGGAGGAUAUUGAAGGUGAAUACUGGCGGAUUAUUGAACGACCAACAGAUGAGGUUGAGGUAUACUAUGGGGCAGAUUUAGAAACAGGAAAAUUUGGAAGUGGGUUUCCUAAGGCAUCAUCCAUGGUAACUGGGAGUGACUCAGAUCCAUAUGUGGUGUCAGGUUGGAAUCUAAAUAAACUGCCACGCCAACCAGGUUCUGUUCUUUGUUUCGAAGAAAGUGAUAUCUCUGGGGUUCUAGUGCCAUGGCUCUAUGUUGGAAUGUGCUUCUCAUCUUUUUGCUGGCAUGUUGAGGACCACCAUCUAUAUUCACUAAACUAUCAUCAUUGGGGUGAUCCAAAGAUAUGGUAUGGAGUUCCUGGAAGUCAUGCUUCAUCUCUUGAAGAUGCAAUGAAAAAGCAUUUACCUUACUUGUUUGAAGAACAACCUCAUUUACUUCAUGAACUGGUUACUCAACUAUCUCCUUCAGUUCUAAAAGCUGAAGGUGUACCAGUAUAUCGUGCCGUUCAGCAUUCUGGGGAGUUUGUUCUUACCUUUCCAAGGGCGUACCACUCUGGCUUUAACUGUGGCUUUAAUUGCGCAGAGGCAGUAAAUGUCGCUCCAGUUGAUUGGUUAGCGCAUGGACAACAUGCAGUUGAGCUUUACAGCGAGCAGCGUCGCAAGACAUCAAUAUCACAUGAUAAGCUUCUAUUGGGAUCAGCUCAGGAAGCUGUCAAAGCUCUUUGGGAGCUGUCAGUUUUGGGAAGGGAAACAACAGUAAGUUUGGGGUGGAAAAGUGUCUGCGGGAAGGAUGGGAUGCUCACACGGGCUGUUAAGAGAAGGGUGCAGAUGGAGGAGGAGAGGGUAAAGUGCCUUCCAGCUCAUGUGAAAUUCCUGAAGAUGGAAAAAGAUUUCGAUUUGGAAAGUGAGAGAGAAUGCUUCUGGUGCUAUUAUGAUUUGCACUUAUCUGCUACCAGCUGCAGGUGCUCCGCUGACCAAUUUGCUUGUCUUAAACAUGCAAAUCUUUUAUGUUCAUGUGACGUAAAACACAGAUAUGUCCUUCUCCGAUACACUGUGGAUGAGUUAAACACACUAGUUGAAGCAUUGGAGGGCAGUUUAGAUGCUUUAAAAGUUUGGGCAUCUGAAAAUCCUGGAAUGAUUUCUGUCAACGAAAAAGGUGUGCCUGCAGAUAAGCUGGAUGCAAAAAGAGAGUCAUUCAGACAUGAGAAACAAAGUUUGUCAUGUUCUCCUGUUGUACAAGACGUUAUGGAAACUUCUGCUCCUAUUUGUUCAAGUAGUAAUGUUUUGUCAGAAGAAGUCCAGUCAGCUCUCCAAACUUCAAGUGCGUCUCAUGUCACUAUUGAUAGCCAUGUCAGCACCUCAAAUAAUGAUCUGGUAAAGGGCGAAGAAGUAAAGGCGGGGAAACUAGGAUGUCCCGAUUUGAAUCUUGAUGUUGAUUCUGCUGAUCAUGAAAGUGGAGUGCUGCAUGUAUCUGAAAGCUGUGAUAACAAAGCUAUCUCAAAGGAGAUACCAAUGUCAGUGUGCAAGCAAAAGAAAAUUUGCAGUUCGAACUCAACAAAACAAAUAGAUAUUAUUGUGCUUGAUUGCGAUUUGAAUUCAUCUGAAUCUCAUGAAAGAAAUAGAAACUUAUCUUCAUUUUCAGGAGUUGUUAGGCAUGGCUGUUCAAAUGGUGGAAAAAAGUUGUUUGGGGUUGAUCUUUUGGUUCCAAUAGAAAAUUCAGUGGCAUCAUCAAACAAAUUGUUGAGAUCUGAUGUCGUCAAUAUCUCAGAUGUAAAGGUCGCUGAUCAAAGCUACCUUGUAGGAAGGCUGGAUUUUUCUGUUGUACCUUUAAAUUUUGGAUCUGUCAUGUCUGGGAAGCCAUGGUGCAAUUCACAGGCUAUAUUCCCCAAAGGAUUUAAAAGCCGCAUUAAGUAUUUCAGUGUGCAUAAUCCAGCAAAAGUUUGUAGCUAUAUCUCCGAAGUGCUGGAUGCUGGGUUCCUUGGGCCUCUGUUUAAGGUUACUUUAGAAGAACAUCCAAAUGAGAGCUUCACAGCUGCCUCUGCAGAGAAGUGUUGGGAAAUGGUGUUGCAGCAAGUAAAUAAAGAAAUUGUACGGCGUAAAAACUCAUGGGAAAGAGAUCUGCCCCCUUUGCAAGCCGUGCAGAGCAUUAAUGGACUUGAAAUGUUUGGGUUUCUCUCACCGCCUAUUAUUGCGGCUAUCGAGGCUCUUGAUCCCGGCCACCUGAGCAGCCGGUACUGGCAAGACAGGAUUGCUACAUCAUCCGGUUCAAGUGCAGUCAACCAUCACCUAUCUGAUCGACUUUUCUCUGCAGUGCAAAAAGAUGCAAAGCUUUUUGGUUUCCAUUUGACCAAGGCAGGUCCGAAUAAUCCCGCUCUAAAAGAUGAACAUUUGGUGGGCGAGAAUAAGCGGCUAGCACUGCAACAACUAUUCAGGAAGGCAAAUCCUGAAGAACUAAAGAUAAUGCAUAAAAUUUUCUGCAGUGAGGCACGAAGUGCUGAAUGGAGAGCCGCGUACAGAACAUUGACUGAAGAGAUGGAGAAAAGGCGUAGGUAAGUAAAGAGUACAGUCAGAUUCAUGGGUAGAUGAAGCAUUUCAUUUCAACAUCGGUUAACCAAUUUUUUUUGGAAAAUUCAUAAGAUGAGCAGGAGUUGUGCAGAAAUAUUUGCUGUAACCCGACUCAAUAACGUAGAUGCUGCGUUUCGAUAGGAUGAAUCCUAGUACAUGUAGGGAAUUUACUAAACUAUAAGAAAUACAAGUCCCUCCUUUCAUUCUGCUUUAAAA